GAUACCAUAAUGGUUUUCUGGUAUUGUCUGGUAUUAUAAUAUAUAAAAAGUUGUUCCCUGUGAUUAAAAGUAUCAAAAUGAGGUGGUGUACCAUUGGCCUGGUGGUAUCAAUCAUUGUUAGUCAUGUAACAUGUGUUCGUUACGAGCCCAAUUGGGCUUCCAUUGACUCGAGACCUCUACCAGGAUGGUAUGAUGAUGUUAAAUUAGGUAUAUUUAUCCAUUGGGGAGUGUUUUCUGUUCCAAGUUAUUCACCUAAAUUAAUAGAAGAAUGGUUUUGGUGGUGGUGGAAAGGAAAAAAGUUACAACCCUAUAUAGACUAUAUGAAUCAGAACUACAAGCCUGGAUUUACAUACGCUGAUUUCGGACCUCAACUAACGGCAGAAUUCUUUGACGCCAAUCAUUGGGCCGAGGUCUUCAAAUCAUCCGGUGCAGAGUAUGUUGUAUUUACUGCCAAACAUCAUGAAGGAUACACCAACUGGCCUUCAAAAUAUUCUUUCAAUUGGAAUUCUAUGGCAGUUGGUCCUCAUAAAGAUAUAGUUGGUGAAUUAGCUGCGGCCAUCAAGAUGAACACAUCAUUACAUUUUGGACUGUAUCACUCUUUAUUUGAAUGGUUCAACCCACUUUACUUACAAGAUAAGGCGAACAACUUUACAACUUCUGACUUCGUUGAUCGAAAAACUUUACCAGAAUUAUACGAAUUAAUAAACACCUACCAACCUGAAGUUAUAUGGUCUGAUGGCGAUUGGGAGGCAAAUAGUUCUUACUGGAAAUCUACAGAAUUCUUAGCCUGGCUUUAUAAUGAUAGUCCAGUAAAAGAUACAGUAGUGACUAAUGAUAGAUGGGGUAAAGAUUCCACUUGUCAUCAUGGUGGAUAUUUAACUUGUCAAGAUUAUUAUCAGCCAGGUAAACUUCAGAAGAGAAAAUGGGAGAAUGCUAUGACAAUUGAUGGCCAUUCCUGGGGAUUUAGAAGAAAUGCUAAGUUAUCAGAUUAUCUAUCAAUACAUACACUCAUAUCUACUUUUGUAGAAACUGUAAGUUGUGGAGGGAAUAUGUUGAUGAAUGUUGGACCAACUAAAGAAGGCUUUAUUAAUCCGAUAUUUGAGGAAAGAUUUAAACAAUUUGGUGAAUGGAUGGAAGUCAACAGCGCAGCUAUCAGAGGUACCAGACCAUGGAAAGCACAGAAUGACACCAUUAACUCCAACGUUUGGUACACUAUGAAAGGAUCUGAUGUGUAUGCUAUAGUUUUGGAGUGGCCACAAGGUGAUACAUUAACUCUUGGUUCACCAAUACCAUCAACAAGUACCACAAUUAAUUUACUAGGUUAUCCUGAUCAGUUUCAAUAUACUACAAGACCUAGUGGUGGUAUUGAUAUCAAGAUUCCACCCAUUCCUGCAAAUAAAAUGCCAUGUCAGUGGGUGUGGUCAUUCCUACUGUCAGGUUUAACAAAUUAAUAUCUUAUGUAUUUUUGUUUAGAUUUUAUUUUGUAAAAUAACAUAGCAAGGCACUUU